AUGUCAUCUCCCGAGGAACUUGAACUCGAACAGGCACUCGCCCCUUUCCUGACAGUGGGCGCAGUGCUUGUUCUACCUAUCAGCACGUUGUCGGCCAUGUUUCUCACAUACGGAAUAUACAUCCUCAUCUUCGGCGUAUCCAUCCGUGUGCUCCUCCGCCCAGGCAGACCCACAACCAUAUCAAACCUCUAUCUCCCGUGCACGAUAUUCUCGUUCAUAAUGGCUACGAUUUAUGUUGGUACCGUCACUGCCAAAUACGUACACCAAGCGGUCCUCUGUUUCACCACGGUAAAGACGAAGGAGUAUUUGCAGCUCGCUGAAUUUCUCACGUAUGACGUUGAGUCUGCGGUUGAAUUCGCUCUGAUGGUUCUAACGGGCGCACUUAUGAACAUUGUUGCGGAUUGUAUGCUUAUUCAUCGGUGCUACGCAUGCUGGGGAUUCAGGAGAGCUAUCCUGAUCCCUUUGGUAGUAAUGGCAGUUGCCCUCGAUGGUCUAGACUUUAUCACGUCCAUCGGCGGGAUUGCCAACUUCAACACUUCUAUCCCUGGACAUUCAGAACUCUAUGAUAAGUUUGGUAUCAUCAGCAAUGGAGACGGGAUAGCAAUCGCUGCCUUCAAUAUGCUUUUGACGGUCCUCACAGCCGGACGAAUCUGGUGGACAAGCCGAAAGGAUCUCAAGGGUGCUCAGAACCAAGAGAUGUUCAGCUUCUUUACGGCUGCAAUCAUCGAAUCCGGGGCCAUGUUUUCUAUCACAAAGCUAGUUGCUAUGAUUGUUCCUCUCGUCGUAGACCCCAACCUUCACGGGUUGGUUCCCAUUGAUCUUGCAACGCUUGCUGUUCUGCUCUCUGGCCUUGCACCAACGUUGAUCAUUGUGAGGGUUGCGUACCGAAGCAAAUCAAACCCACAAGCCGAACAAAACGAAAACUUCAUCUCUAGGUCGAUGGCGUUUGCUGACCGUCCAGUCGGUCAAAGCGCAUGCCAAUCACCCUCUGUUGAUCUUCGAUCCCAGAUAGGAGGACACAAGGGAGGUAAUUCGAGUGGAGAGGAGGGCCUAGCCUCGGGUUCGAGCGAGAAGAUGGUCUAG